AUGAGUUUCAAAGUGGAUAAGGCAAAGGAAAUCGUCUCAGAUUUUCGAAAUUUUUUUAGAUUGAAACAUUAUUUAUAGGAGGAUCAUAUUAAAAAUGCCAUACAGUUUCUUGAAACAGAUUUAGCAAAUCACGAGAUUGGAGGCGGAAAUAACCCAUAAAAUAAUAGUAGGGAGAGCAGCAAGGUGUUUAUAGAGAUAGUUGAUAUAUUUUUACCAGCUUACAUGGAGAUUUUAGAAUAGUCGCCUAUGCAAUAUGAAUAUAAUUAGGUGUAGCGCACUCGUUUAUCAAUAUUAGAAUUGCUCAAUAAAUUUUUUGUUGUUAGAAAUCAGUAGACAAAUGUUCGUUUAUAUUCUUUAUUAUUAGAUAUUGUACGUAGAGACAAUGAAACUAAUGCAAAUUGUGCUACUAAAAUACUUCAAGAAUUCAUAAAGUAGCUAGCAGAAUAAAUAAAUAGUUAGCAUGCAGGUUUAAUUUAAAAAAUGACAGAAUUUAGCAUAGAAAGCCUCUAAAGUGCAUAUGCAAGUCUUAUUUAAUUUUAAUAACAGUAGCAGGAAGAAAAAAUAUAGUAAUUAUAGUAAGAUGCAAAUGGGAUGCAAAUAGAAGAAAAUAAUUAAGAUCAAUAAGCAAGUGUUAAUGGAAAAUAGAAUCAAUCAAAUAGGCCAAUGAUUGAUCAUAAAAUAGAGGAUUUUCUCAAUACUUUAAUAGACAUUGAAGAUAAUUAUCCUAAAUUAGAGCAGCUCACAGAUGAUGUUUAUAAAGUGUUAUGUGACAAGUCCAAACUUAUUCAAGAAUUAAGUUAAAACUAUAAAGAUCCUUAAUUUAAUAUUUUAAAAGAAUAAAACGUACCUUCGUCUUCUUCUUCAAGCAAGAAAAAUCCAAGAUAGUAGCAACAAUCUCAGUCUUAGAGUUAAGUUAAUUAGUAGCAACAAUUAAGUUAAAUAUAAUAGGGCUAGCAACAAAAUCAAGCAGAUAAAAUUAUUCCCAGUCCUUUAUCUUUAUAGAUUCUUAGUUAGCUUCCUCAUACUUUUAUUACUAUUGCAAAUUUAGACUUGCAGCCUCUUUGUAAGAUUUGCAUGAAAUUUUAAGCUAUUAAGCAAAAUGCUCUUCAAGAAAAAGAUGAAAACAACUAAAACAACAAUAAUGUGAAUUCUUCUGCUGCUUCUGCUAUUGUUGAGGAAGGUAAUUAGACAAAUAGCAACAACAAUGCAAGUCAAUAAAAUAGUCAACAAAAAAAUUACAACUUUGAAAAUUUUAAUAAUUAAUUAGUCAAAUAAACUAAAGAAAUGAUUAAUAAUGUCAUCAAGGGGUUUUCCGAUCUUAAGAUUUAGGAAAUAUAUGAGGAGUUAGGCAAGAAUGUUGCUCAAGAACUCAUUAUAGUGCUUGCUAAAAUGAUUAAAUUUUUUAGCGUUUUCAUAAAGAAAAACGACGAUUUUUCACAAAGAGCUAUUUUCAAAAAUAUGAAUAAGCAAAUGUUAGAAUAAAUUUUAGAUACUGAUAAAGUUAUUGAAUGUGCCAUUAACUUGGUUGAUAAGUGCCCUGAGGAAUUUUAUACUUAAAGAAUUGAUACAAUAUCAAAUUUGAAGAAUCUUAUAACACAUAAGCAAGGCAAGCUAAAAGUGAAGUAUUGGUAAUAGCUUUACCAAGAAUAAAAAAUAGUUGGAAGUGUUUAAUUAAUCAGUAUUUACGGCAAGAACUAGUUGUAACAUCAACUCAUCGAAUUGUAUAAAUAACUUAAUUCGGAGUUCUCUCGCUAUUAUGUAAGCUAAAUUCAGCAACAAUCUGUUCGCAUAAAUGAUAUCAUGUAAAUGCAGUAGAUUAUCUUUAAUAUGAUUGAGACUUUAAUAAAAAAUAUAUUUGAUAACUAAUUGUAUGUUUUUAUGCAAGAAAAAUCUCUUGAAAUGCUAAGGGACGUUCUAAAACAUUUCAUUAAUUUUGGUAUUAAUAGUAAGAUUCCUAAUGAAAUUAAAGUCUUCAGACAUAGUAUUUUGAUGAAAGUUGUGCAUGCAAUUUAAAUGAAAUACAAAGAAAUUAAGAGAAAUUUCUAAUCUAUAAAGCGUUUUAUGAGUUAGUAAGAAGCUAGUCAGGGAAACAAUCAGUAAAGCUAAAAUAAAAAAAAUGAUGGAAAAAAAGAGGAUGAAGUGAAUGACUAGUAAAUGCAAAUAGAAGAACCUCAGUUUUAAAAAAAUGAAAGAGAUAAUUAAUUCUCAUAAAAAGAAGAGAAUAAAGAAAAAACAGUGACUUAACUUCAUUUAAAUUAGAUGCCUAUAGCUAAUUUAGGCGAUUAUGAUGACAUUGAGUGGAAGAAAAAGCGCAUAGAUUUUAUUAAGAGCAAUAAUGUUAACAUAGAAAGCAAUCUAUAAAGUCUUCAACAUUUAUAAUUCCACCACUUAGAAAUUUAUAAUUAAAAGGAAACCCUUUUUUUUAAUGGUAUCAAGAUAAAGAAAAAUAUAGACCGCUAAUUUGUCAGAGAUAUUAAAAAUAAAAUUGUAGAAUACCUAAUUGAGUUGCAGAGAGACAUUUAAAUUGUAUUUUUCAAUGAAAAUAGAGAAGAAGAGUUCAUCAAUUUUACUCAAAAAUAUAAAAAUGCAAAUCCCAAGCAAAUCGAACAAAGAAAAAUGCAGUUAAGUAUGUACAAUACAUUAAAGAAAGAAUAAAGAAAUAUUUUUAGAAAAAUCCUUAAAAACGGUUUAGAAGUUUUUGAGUUCUUCCAUGACUAUGAGCACACCAACAGUAGAUCUAAUGAUUAUAGUUAAUCAAGUAAAAGGAACAAUUUACUGUUUUUCAUGUAAAAUUUCGGUUUGAUCAAUGAUAAAAUAUCAUUCAAAGAUAUUUUUGAGCCGAAUAUGGACACAAUUUUUAAGUAUUUGUUGAAGUACAGUGACUGCUCUGAAAACUGCAUGAAAAAUUUAAUAAUUGAACCUUUUGUUGUUAUGGAUAAGUCGAAAAUGUAAAUGUAAAUGCAAAAUAAUUAAACCAUUGAAAACUCUCAUUUAGCCUAAAUAUUAAUUAUUUAUCUAAUGCAUAAAUUGAAUACCAACAUAGAAAAUAUAGAUCCCUUCAGUCCUUUCUAUGAAUACAGAGAUAAAUAUUUCACUCGCAUAUAAAGUAUAAUAAAAAUCCCUCUUCGAAGCUUCAUUCGUCUCACUGAUUACGAAUUCGUUUAUAGUUAUUUUAGAUAAAUAAUUAUCUUCCUCAUAAAAAAAUCCCAUACUUCACAAUAUCCAUUAGAGUACUUAUAAAUCCUAAGGACCUUGUUUAAAUGCUUUUUAUCACCUGGUGAAAGAAGUCAAUAACUAAUCGAUAACCUUAAUAAUUAAUUUUUCGGUAUCUGUAAUAAAUCAGAGGAUAAUAGUUCCAAUUCUUCGUCUUCUUCUUCAUCUUCUUCAUAAUCUUCAUCCUCAUCUUCAUAAUCUUCUCUUGCAUAAUAAGACACUUAAUAUCAAAAUAUUAACAUUAUUGAAAACCUAAUUGCUCUUUAUGACACUGAUAUUCACGAAGUUAAGGUAAUAGUUUGUGAAUUAAUUCUUUUGCUCCCUCUUAAAAUUAGGCACAUAGUUGCUAAAACUAAGAUCAUUGGCCGUCCUCUAGUUAAAGCUCUAUCUCUCUUUGAUUAGGCAAAUACAGUUCGCUCUUUAAAAACAAUAGAAAGCAUAUUAGGCUAUUGUACACAUGAAGAAGCAUAGCAUUUGUUUAUGGAAAACAAAGAUGAAUUAAUGGAAAAAUUAUAUGAAAUUAUUUAUGAAUAAAGAAUUAUUGAAGAAGUAAGAAAGAAACCCCAUCUCUAUCCUGAUACUCAUUCAAUUGAUAAAAAAAUAUAAAACGACCCUGCAAUAAUUGCAGUGAAGCUUCUUGGAAGGAUGAAUCAUUUGACAAGAUCAACAAAAUUCUAAGAAAAGCUUUAGAAUGACAUAAAAAAUUAAGAAUAUCUUGACUAAUUUUAUAUUAAUAUUGAAAUGAACAAUCCUUAAUAGGAUACUUUGAACCUCCCACUAAAUGAUGUCAUUUUACAUUCUAUAGAUAUAUUUAAUAAAAUUAUAGACAAUUUCUACUGCCAGACUGUUCGAGGCAACUCAACACUAGCCGCCUUUUGCAUCCUUAAGAUUACUUUAUUUUAAUUCUUCCCUGACUCAUUAUUUAAAAAUAGCUCCGUUUCUAGUUCAUAAGCUGCUGAUAAUUUCUUCUAAAAUGAAAUGGAAAAUGUUUUUGAAGAAAAAGAUUAACCAACUAAAAAACUCUUUUAGGCUAUCCACUAAGUGAAUUAAAAUGAUCAAAAGAUUUAAGAAAAUGAAGGAAUACUUGAUAAGAUAUUAAAAAUAUUCUUUGAAAUAGUUGGAAUUGAUCAAAAGUUAACAACAGGUUUUUCUAUCAUAAACAGAUUUAAAAAAGAAUCUUAAAAAAUUUUAGAAAUUCUGAAUAAGACUAUUUGUAUUCUUUAUAAGACUAAUAAGGAUGAAGCCUUAAAAUAUAUUAAGGCAAUAACUCUUAACGGUAUCAGGAGUGUUAAGAUGAAAGUUAUUUUAACAAGAGAAGAGUUACAUAUGUGCAAAGAUUAAAUUUGUGGAUAAAUAGAAUUUAUUUAAAAAUUCUUCAAGAAUCAACAAGAAUAUCUUAAAGAUGCAGACAGAAAUAGUUAUGUUGAAUUCUAAGAUUUCUACUUGAAAUCAAUUUUAAAAGAGCUUAUGAAUACAACUAAUUAAAACAAAAUUUAUGGUCUUCAAGUAAUUUUACUUGACUUUAUUGAAGAAUACAUUAAUGACCAAACUCUCCUCUAAAACUAGCAACAGAACGUUAUUGAAAUAAUUAACACUAUAUUUAUUAUCUUAAACGAAAUUCCUGACAUAAUUAAUUUAAAAACAACUAAAGUGUCUUCAUAAAUUCUUUCAAAGACUCUUAAAUUCUUCCGCAAGCAUAAAGAUAACUUUGAAAGAAUUGCUUGCAAGAAAUUGAUUGCUAUAUUUUUUAAUAAUUUAUUAACAUAUAGAGAAUUCGCUCAUACUUUAGCUAAAGAUUGUUUAGUUAAUGCUUCAUAAAUCCAUAAAAAGAAUUUAAUAGAUCUUUUUUACUGGAGAAUGGAUACUAGCGAUUUUGAAGACUCACCAUUCACUACAGGUAGUAAUAUGCUCGACUCACCUCAUCUUAAUUCUCAAAGCAGUAAUGUCAACAAUUCUCAAUCGUCAUAUACCUAUAAUGUAACUUAACAUCCUAUCAGUAAAAUAAUCGAAAAUAUGCAAAAUACUUUCCUUGGUUCUCUUCUUAUGAAAAUUAAAACUUCAAUUUAAAAUUUCUCAUUAACAAAUAACAACUUUGAAAACAUAAAAUAAAUGAAAUACAUUUCAAAUGUUUACAAAACUUUAGAAUUCUUAAUCUGUAUUGAUUAAAAUCGUCUUCCUUUCAGAGUGCUUAUUAAUGAUCCUCCUUAACAAAUACCUCCUGAAGAAUAAAAUACAUUUUUCAAUGAAAAGUACUACAAAUUUGAUCCUGAUAUUGUAAACAUAAUACAAAGCAGUGAUAUCAUCAUCGCUACCAAUACAGAAAAAAUGUCCAAGCAUGUCAAAAUCAUUAUAGAAAAUACCAAACCUGCUAACUAACCUAAUUAAACUGCCUAAAACGGAGCUAAGCCUAGUGAAGCUCCAGCAUCUAAUGCCCCUCGUCCAAACAACGCUUCUACUAAUGGUAAUCCAUCUAAUCCUUCAAAUCCUGCAUCCGGAUCAACCUAACCUCCAGCAGCAGGAGCAUCAACUCAAAGAGCUGGUAAUAAUGCUCCUGUUUAGAAUACCUUUUAGAUCAAUCAUUAGGUUUACUUAAAUAUAGAAGAAUUCGACUUGAAUAUUGAAGAUAUUGAUCUUCGUAUGAAGGAAUAGUCAAAUUUGAUAUAAAGCAUAUUAAGUUUUCUUAAAAGCUUAUUACUGCUCAAUCCUGUUAAGAAAGUAGCAAAGAGCAACUUAAAGAAUAGAGAAAAGAAUUAGCAAGAUCAAAGUGAAAUUCUCAGCUAUAGAUAUAAAAUUAUUUUAAAACUUUUUGGAUAAAUGACGAGAAUAGAAAGAGGUAUUAGCAGUACUUCUUAAAGUUGCUUGCAUGAAAUGAUUAACUAAGACUCUCACCCAAAGGAGCUUUUAAAUAAUGAAGAUAAAUUAAAGAGUAUAUUAAAGCCAGUGCUCAUGUGCUUGUCGAAUCAUUUCCAUACAUUCACACCUUCUUUCUUGUAGGUACUAAAGAAAAUUUUGAAGCUUUUAACACCUUGCUUUAAUAAAGCACUCAGUGAUAAGCUAACAACCCAUUUAGAUGAUGUUACCAAAGAUCCUAGUUAAAAAUACAAUAUUUAAUGCAUUUCUGGACUUCUGAAGCUAUUUUAAUACUUAUAGUAUGCUUAUUAGACUGCAUAUAACAAUAAUAAUUAAGCUUCAAAGUAAAAAGAAUACAUCAAAAAAUCAAUAGAUACAAUAAUUUAAAAUAUCAAUAAAAUUGAGUAGUAAUACUCAUAGACAGAAGGCAAGUAUUAGAUCUAACAAAUCACUCGUAAAUCGCUUUGCAAAUUUAUGAAUUCGAUGUCAGCUUAAGUUACCGAAAAUUAUUUCACAGAGACAGACCCAGAAAUCCUAAAUCUUUUGUUAGAAAUCUUAAAGCUCAAUAAGGCUAUGGUUGUUCGUGAAAGAUUAACAAGAGAUAGCAAUUAAUCAGUAAUUUAAAAGCUCUAUAAUAAGGGCAGAGAAAAAGAAAAUAAGAUAGUUUUCUUGAGAAUAAUAAAAAACUUAGGUUAUAAAAAUUGUAGAUUGAUGCUGAAUAACCAGUAAGGCGUAGAGUGUAUCAAAGAAAGAUUGACAGAAACUAUCAAAAUUUAUAGAGAUAAGACAAUCACAGAUAGUUCUAUGCUAUAAAUUUAAUAGAUGAGCACAAAGAAUGAGAUUAUUUAUUAUCUUAAAAUUUUAGUGAUUUACUGCUAAUAAAAACACACAGAUAUUGAAACUUUAUUCAAUUUAGCUGAUUUCCUCAGCAUACGUAUGGCUCGUUAUACUUAUUUUGUUUAAGACUUCUUUAAUUACUACCUUCCUUACCACUACUCAGUCGAGCACAAAAAAGCUAUCUAUGAAAAAUUCUUAGAAUUUAUCUUGUAAAAUAUGGAAAAAAAAGAAAAAGUUGAAACCAUCAUAAAUAUUUCUUAUCACAUUAUAUAUCCUAUGCUAGUACAUUCCAAUAAAUUAGGUCAAGUACCUUAAAUAGUAGAUAAGAAGAAAUAAAUUGAGUUCUUUGAUAAACAGUUUAAAAUUCCUAAAUUGAUGUUCCCAUAUUACAGACUUGAAAUGGAAAUAUUGUAGUUAUCAACUUUGCUUCUAUCUUAUUUGAGAUAAGAUGUUAUUUAAUAUAAGAAAGAAUUCAUUAGAUUUGGAUGGAAGUACAUGAAAUGUGAAGAAAAACUUCUGAAACACAUAAGUUAUGUUUAUACUUGUUAAUUUAUAACUUUGUUUGGAAUGCCAGAAGAAAUGAUUUUCAGUAUUUAUGCUUCUUUAAUAAAUAGAAAGCAAGACGAUAUUGUUGUUCAAUAAGAAAAUGAAAUAGGAUCACUUAUCAAGAAAGCCCUAAAUUUCUUGAUUCCCUUCUUAGCUCAAAACAAUUCCUAGAACAAAUAUAAUGACUGGGUUAAAUGGACAACAAAUAUCUUCAGUGACGAUUCAAAUUAGAAACAUGCUAUAUUAAUAAGAUUUUGGCAAAUUUUUAUAAAAAAUCACUAAAUAUUCCAGCAAUAUAGAAAAUAAUUCUCACCUCACAUGAUUAAUUCUACAUAAUAGCUUAUCAUUUAAGCCACAAGAUAAGCCAGUAGUUUUAAUUCUCAAAAUAAAAUUGCUUGGGAUUUGACUUUCCUUUAUAUUGAAUGGUCAUUCAUUGAGAUGAAAUCUAUCUUAAAAAAUACUGAAGUCUAUGCUAAAUAGAAAAAGCUAAAGCAAUUAGUAGAAAAAAUAAAAUAAAAUUAAGCUUAAAAUCAAUAAAAUGAAGGUAGUUCGACACCUAAAUUCCAAAUCGAAGAAGAGAGCAUAAAUGAAAAAGAAUUCGUGAAGAAAAUAACUUCAUAGCAACUAGUAUAAAACUAAAACAUUUUUUAAGAUUAAUUAAAUGAAAAUAAGGGAGAACCUAUUUCAUUUUCAAGAUCGAUGUAGCAAGCAUCUGAAUAACCUAAUUUUAAUUCAGGAAACAAUGAAUAAGAUUUCUUAAAUAAUAAAUAAAACUUCGAUAGCUAGUAAUAAUGUGAGAAUAUUUUACAAUAGCAAAAAGAAAUAAUGCUAAAGUACAACAUAAGUGAAGAAGAUAUAGCCCUAACUGAUGAAGAGAUUUUAAAUGCCUAAGUAGAACUAGUAGAGAGAUUCUCUGAAGAGAUCGAUUAAGGAGCAAAGGGUGUUAUUAUUCCAUUUUAUAUAAAGUUAAUUACCAAUAUUCUAUAAACCUAAGAUAGAGAUAGAGAUGAAAAGAACUUCAUCAAACGUACUUUAUACCUUCUUAAAAAGACUUUUUUCAUUUGGCCUAAUAUUCAAUAGAGAAAUGAAUACUAUAAAACAUAAUUGUAAAGAUUCACUAACAAAUCAUUUUCUUCCUAUUACUGUUAAUUAAAUAUCUUAAGCAUCAUUCUUGAAUUUGAGAGUAAUGAAAAAAUUCUAAAUUUCCUUCCUACUGCAUACAAGCUUUUGGAUAGUAAACCAAAUUAGCCAGCUUAAGGACCUAACGGACCAACUCCUCAAGGAAACUAACCAGAAGCAUCUUAACCACCAGUUUCAUAAAAUAAUCCGAAUUAGAAUUAAAUUCCGUAUCUUUUACAAAUAGAUAAUCCUUAUACUGUACUUAUACUUUCUACUAUUUUCAAGAGGCUAUUAAAUACUGCCAAUAUUUACAAAGAAAAUGAAUAGGCUGCAGAAUUUUUCAGAAAUGUUUAACAAUUAGUGAAAGAAAGUAUAGAAUAGCAUGUCAAAUAUUUGCAUCUUUUCAAUUAAUAUAGAGUACCAAAUCAGCCGAUUCCGCCACAAAUAUAAACCUAGUUAAAUUAAAUGAAGUAACAAUAACCUAUGAGUAUUCAGUUGUCUAUCAAAUUACUAAAGAUUCUCUACUAACUAGAUGAUAAGGUUGAUCUUGGGUUAAGAAACAUUAAAACACUUGUCUAAUUUAUGCUUGAAAAAGUAAAAUCAUGCAAAUCUCCUAUUGAUGGCUACUACUUAUUAACAAAUUAUAGCGAAUAUGAUAGCAAUACUGCAAAUAAAAUACUUAAAGUUCCUAUUAAAUAAACUUAAAAUCAAAGCAUAAUUUAGGAAUUCUCUGAAGAAUACGAAGAAACAAUGUUAUACUAUGAUGAAGUGUAUGAUAGUACUAAGAUUAACUCUAUUCAUAAUAAGUAGAACUUUAUUACAUUGCUACGUAUUCUUGCUUUGAAGAUUAAUUCAUUCAAUGAUAAAGAUAAUUAGGAUAUCACUUCAAUCCUGAAGAUGCUUGCUUCUUAUUUAGAGAAAAUUUAUGAUUUAGAUAUCCGUAUUGAAGCUGUUAAUCUGCUGAAGUGCUUAAUGAUUGGAGAAAAGGCUUUCAAAAAUAAUACUCUACCUCUAUAAUACUAAAAAAUUAAACAAGUUAAUUUAUCAGCAGAGAAAAAGAUGGAAUUAAUCAUCGGCAUAUUCAAUUACAUAGCUAGAAUUUUUGACAAGAGAUUCGGACUAACAAAUCUCCAAUUAAAGCUUACAAACACCUAUCCUGAUUCUGCUGCUGAAUUUAUGUCUCUGAAAGUAGCUGAAGAGUACAUAUCAUAAGAAUUUAUGAGCUUCAUAGUACACUCUAUAAAAGAAAGUGGUAUUAAUAAAUUAGAUAGUGAUUUUGUGAGAUAUCUCCUCUUAUUAUUUGUCAAAAACUCUUCUUCAUUUGAUUUAGCACUCUUCUUCUAGCUUGCUGGAGAUCUCUUCUGCACUAGCGACUUCAAUUGUCUUCAGAUGAUUUUAGGCUAAUUCUAGAGUGAAAAGUGCUUAAAGAAGAUUUUAUCUGUUAUUAUCAACUAAAUGUCAAAAGAAUACAGCUUAGAAAAUCUAGAAUAAGAUGAAGUGCUUCUCCUCGCAUUUAAGGUCAUAUUAUUUAAAAUUGUUGAUUAUGCUCCCAAGGUUAAAAUUAAAUUUGAAAGUGAUAAUUAUGAAGCUAAUGAGCUGUCUGAUGACUCUAAAAAUGAUAGCCUUAGUUUGGAAUUGAAGCAAUAAUUUAAGGAGUUCUUCGAGUUGAAAGACUAUUCACUCAAUAAGAGAGAAAUCAUAGAAUUAUAUUCUGAAAUGAUGACUUCAGCUUAAAUUAAGCAAAGUCCAAUAAAUUCAAUCGAUGCUAAUACAAACAGCUACAUCUUUGUCUUAUAUCAACCUUAAGUAUCAUUUAGCUGCCCAAUCACUCCUCAUCUUUUAAUUCCUGCAUUCAAAAAAGUCUUUAAUUUUAUGGUUAAACUGAAUCCCAAGCCUAUUCAAUUACGUCAACAAGCAAUCUAACUAUUUGAGCAGUCUAUCUUAAGACUGAACCCUUUCCCUCCAAUUUUCAACAACUAGAAACAGUAUAUCUCUUUAUAUUUUGUUUAAGCGUUAACAGAAAUAAUUAUGGAAGAACUAGAAAAUCCAACUGGAUAUAUUAUUCAACCUGAGAAAUUAUAGACUACAUGCAGAGAGUAUAAUAUAUGGAGUUAUGUUUAAAUAUAUCUUGAAAAGAUGCAUUUUUAGAGAGACAAAUAUAUCACUCAAUUUAAAUAGUAUUCUCUUAAGAACUUCGAGACAUCAAGUGUUCUAGAUUAGCUUUCUUAAAUAAUAGAUGAGACUAACGAAAGUGAUUAUUCAUAUGGCUUAAAGUUCUACAUGUCAAACAAUUCCUAAUUAAAAAGAGCAAUAGCAAUUCAACAACAAAGAGAGUGGAAUGAUGCCUAAAAUUUCUUGAUUGAGAAGAGAGCCCAUAUUUUCAAUGAUAAUUAAGCUAAAUUCAGUAAAGAUAAUGCUUCUUAUUACUCAAUAUUAGAAGACUACUCUCACUUGAUGGACUAAAGUAUAUAUAAAUCACUAUUUAUUGAGACUCAGAAAAAUUUAAAUAAGUGGGAAGACUUAUACGAAUACUCAGAAAAGACCUAAAAUAUCUAUUUAUAAUUGGAAUGCAUGUACAACACAUCAAAUAUAACUGGUAUGAAGAAGGAAAUAGCUAGAUGCAUUGAAUAUGGUUUGAGCAUGGAGAUUCCAUUUAGAUAUUAUUGCUCUACUCUUAUAGACUUCCAAAAGACUACAGAUAGAGAAGAUAUUAAGUAAGACUAAGGACAUAAUUUAACAUAUGCUUACUAUUUAACUCUAAAAGACUGGACUAAAUUUCCUAAAAUGUUCUCUUCUGUUCAUUUGAAACAUUCAUAGCAACUCCAAUAAUUAAUAGAGCUUGAAGAAGGUUUCCGUGUGAGAGAUAUGAGAGACUAGCAAAUAACUCAUCCUGCUCAGAUGAUUGAAUCUCUCGCUAAAAACACUUAAAUGAUGUUUAAUUAAUGGAGAGAGAGAAUGCCACACAAGUAUGAGAAUUUGAUAACUUGGAAAAAUGUUGUUGAUCAGAGAAAUUUAAUUUUGAAUUCUAUUAAUGUUAGACUCAAAGAUAGAUUCAAAGGCUUGCUAUAAAAGUUCCUACAAAUAAAUUAACAAAGAAGAAAUAAUUUAGCUAAUUAAAACUAACCAUCAGAAAAUAGUAAUCCCAAUCAGCCAGGAGGUCCUAGUAGUUCUAGCUCAUAAUCUUCUCUAAGCAGCAGUUCUCUCUUAUAGUUUGAAAGCUUUAUUUAAUCAAUUCUUGAAGGAGACAAAGUAGAUAAAAUGUUAGCUUCAUUUAGCGAUCAUCGUUGGAAUACACUUAAAUUCUUAAAAGUUUAAAAAUUAUUUGGCAACUAUACUAUCGAAAAAAUGCCAAAUAUUGAUUAAAAGCUCCAUCCUGAAGAAAUAUAUUUGAGGGCUAAGUUCUUAGCUAGCAUUUACAAGGAGAACGAGUCUUACAACAACCUAAAAUCUGCAAUCGAAAGUCUCGAAAAGUUAUCUCCUAAAGAUUAAGACGAAUUCAAAGUAUACAAAGCAGAUUUACUAAGAAAGAGAGCAAUCUAUUACUGGAACAAUGAAAAAUAUCUAGAAGCAACAGAAGAUAUGCAAAAAAGUAUUUUAACUUGUGAAACUUAUUAUAAGACAUGGAAGAGCUGGUUAGGAAUAUGCUUCUCUAAUUAUCUCAAACGUAAAAAUUCUGAGUACUGGGUUAGAAAUUGUAUGUAGCUCAUUCCCCAGGCUUUAAAGUAUAAAAGCUAUAAGACUUAAAUGAUAUUCAGUUACGCUUUCCUCAUAAUGCAUUAAGACUAGUAAUUCUUUAUAGACAAUAUAAAAUAAAUUCAAUCUGAAUUGCCAAAACCCCAAAUGCUAAUGUGGCUUCCAAAUAUGCUUUCAAUUAUACAAAAUACUUCUACUCCUGAAAUAAUUGAAGUGUUUACCAAAAUAAUAAAUGAUAUUGCUGUUUACUAUCCUUAACACGUAUUUUAUUAUUUAAGGGGUUUAUUAGACUUAUCUGUUACUUCUCAGUCUGUAUCUCAAAACAGCAAUACUACUUCCAUAAAUAAUGCUUAAAUCUUAAAGAUUUAUAACAAUUUAAGAACAUGCUAAAAUUCAGCUCUUGUCAAGAAGUUAGAAACAUUUGCAGACUUGGUAGCAUAGCAAUAUUUCUAAUCGCAACCUUAAUUUGAAUUUGAAACUCUUCUUAAUGAAAUUAACAAGCUUCUUGAAGAGUUCUCUUCAAUGAAUCUUAAUUCUAAUCUUCCAGAAUUCUAUAAAAAAAUAGUUCACACAUUAACUGAAGCUUCAUAAUACAGUUUCUUCGACAAAAAUAUAAUCAAUAAAUAAGAAUUUUCUGCUUAUAUUUCUGACUUAUAAAAUAAUCUGUUAAAUUCCUAGUAAGCUAUUUCCUUCUUAAGACUCAAGAUCUACUCUCCGAUGCUCAAGUAUUUUGUGAAGAACUAUAUAGAUUAAUAGAACCAAACUGCUUAUUUCAACUCUGAUUAAUUACUCUCUCUUUCCUAAAAUGUAUAAGAAGUCGAGCUACCUGGUUAAUAUAAAAUACCAUAAAAUUCAAAUGUCUUCAGAGAUUUUGAUUCUUCUACCCAUUCGACUGUACUUUCUAUCAACAAAUCACUUAUAAUUGGGUUAAGUAAUAGAAAGAUCUAAAAGUAGAUUGUCAUCAAUGCCUCUAACAAUAAACAAUAUAUUUAUGAAGUGUUUGAUGCUAAGUAAGAUGGAGAUAAAUGUAACACCUUCUAAUAGAACUAAUUGAAAAUAUUUGCUAUUCACUAGAUGUAGGAUAUCAUGAACAUCUUGUUUAAUCUCCAUAAAGAAACAAAUAUUCGCAACAUGAGCAUCAAAAACCCAUAAAAAUUCUCUCUUAUGAUGAGGGAGCAAACCUAAACUUCUAAGGUUUACAAGAAAAAUAUGUAGAUCAUGUUAGUUCCAAGAGCACCUGUCUUGCUAACAUUUUAAGAUAUAUAUGAUUAGUUCUUAUCGAAGGAUUCUAAAUUAGAGGAAGAUAAGCUAAAUAUUCAUUUAAAUAAUUUCAAUUUAGAGAACUAAUUGGAAGUCAAUCAAAAUAUGAAAAAUAUUGUUGGUAAUAGUGUAUUGUAUGAUCACAUUAUCAAUAAAGUGAAUGACUUAAAUGACUUUAUCUACAUAAGAAAAGAAUUCACUUAUAAUUAUAGCUCAGCUAUGUUUUUCAAUUAUUUCAUUGGAUAAUCUCUCAAAAUUGAACAUAUAUACUUAGAUGCUUCUAAAGGAACUGUUUAUACAAACACCACUAAUACAGAAGUUAACUCUAAUAAUAAAUUAAUUUUAAAGAACCCUCAUUCUAUACGUAUUUCUAGAAAUAUAUCUAAUUACAUUAACGACAUUGGUAUCUUGGGCAUAGUAGCACCAACAUUUAUAUCCAUGGCAAAAGCAGUCACUCAACCUAAGUAUCCAUUAAGAGAAGUUUGUAUGCUAUUCUUGAAUGAAUUAUCUUUGGCUUUGGAUUUAAAGGAAAAUAUUGCAAGUGACUCAUUUGGUGAUUAACUCAAGAAACUAUAUGAUAAGUUACUUUGGUUAUAUGUAGAAGACACAGAAAGAACAUGGGCUAAUAUGGGAUAAAAACUGCAAUAGGAAUAGGAAAGCUAAAUGUAAGUGGAGAAUAGCGAAUAAGAAAAUCCUGUUCAUAGCAAGACUAACAAUGGAUUUAUUGAUCCUAUUUAUCCAAGAGCUUACACUAUAAUAGAAACACUCGAAUAAAGCUAGUAAAAUAAUAAUAAUAACCUUAUUUAUAAAUACUGGUUCUGA